UGCUCGUCCCUGCGCGUGCGCGUUGAGGGCGGGGCCGAGUACUCGGCGGGGCCGGCGCGCAGGCGCACUCGCGGAAGGCGGCGGCGGGCGGGAAGCCCGAGUGCCGGUGGGGACUGUGAGCAGCGGGGCUCUUUCUUGCAUUGAUGUAACAAGACAAUCUUUCUCUGAUCCUGCACAUAGAAGCGGCCAGCCCUUGAAAUUGGCUGAAAUUCUCCACUGCAGACAAGCGAUUGCCCUUGAGUAGUGACAUUUUCCCCCUGGCCAGGAAAAGAAUUUUGAGGUGAGGGAAGUGCACCUCUCUGAAAGUAUUGAGUCGACGUUUGCAAAUGCAUCUCGGGCCUGUUCCUUCUUUGUGACCCAAGCAAAGAACAACAAUGAAAGAAUGGCCCUCGAUGACCGUUGCCGUCCUUGUGGGACUCACAGUCCGCUGGGCAGUCUCUCUGAAUUCUUACUCAGGUGCUGGAAAACCUCCCAUGUUUGGAGAUUAUGAAGCCCAGAGACACUGGCAAGAAAUUACUUUUAAUUUACCAGUCAAGCAGUGGUACUUCAAUAGCAGUGAUAACAAUUUACAGUACUGGGGUCUAGACUAUCCACCUCUUACAGCCUACCACAGUCUUUUAUGUGCCUAUGUGGCAGAGUUUAUCAAUCCAGACUGGAUUGCCCUACACACAUCCCGGGGCUACGAGAGCGAUCAGCAUAAGUUAUUCAUGCGUUCUACAGUGUUGAUUGCCGAUUUGAUGAUUUACGUACCUGCGGUCGUUUUAUACUGUUGUUAUUUAAAAGAAACUUCAACCAAAAAGAAGAUUGCGAGCGCCUUUUGCAUCCUGCUGUAUCCGGGCCUGCUUCUGAUCGACUACGGACAUUUUCAAAACAUAUAUAACUGUGUGAGCCUCGGCUUCGCUUUGUGGGCUGUUCUUGGCGUGUCUCACGACUGGGAUGUCCCAGGGUCAUUGGCGUUCUGCCUGGCCAUAAAUUACAAACAGAUGGAACUUUACCAUUCUUUGCCGUUCUUUUGCUUUUUGCUGGGCAAAUGCUUGAAGAAGGGCCUGAAAGGAAAGGGGUUGCUGCUGCUCAUUAAACUCAUGGCUACGGUGGUUGCCACCUUUGCUCUCUGCUGGCUGCCGUUCUGUACGCAAGGGGAGCAGACCCUGCAGGUGCUAAGAAGACUCUUUCCAGUUGGCCGAGGAAUCUUUGAGGAUAAAGUAGCCAACUUCUGGUGUAGUCUCAAUGUCCUUCUGAAGAUAAAGAGCCGUCUCUCCUCUCACACUCAGCUGAUGCUCAGCUUUGCUCUGACCCUCCUGAGCCUGCUUCCUGCCUGUGUCAAGCUGACCCUUCAGCCCAGCCUGAGGCGCUUCCGACACAGCCUGGUGGCCUGCGCUCUGUCAUUCUUCCUGUUCUCCUUCCAAGUACAUGAAAAAUCCAUCCUUUUGGUCUCUUUACCAGUCUGCUUAAUUCUAAAUGAAGUUCCAUUUAUGUCCACAUGGUUUUUGAUCGUAUCAACUUUCAGCAUGCUUCCUCUUCUUCUGAAAGAUCAGCUGGCGCUGGCCUCCGUUGUGACCACACUGGGCUUCUCCGUAGCCUGUGUGGCUUCCUUUCUGAUAUUUGAAAACGUCUCUGAAGAAGAACUGCAAUUAAAGGCCUUUUCCAUGUAUGUUCGGCGGCAUGUCCCUGGUUUCAAGAUUCCUGCUAAGAUGCUAAAAACGUGGUUUGCAGUCUCCAUGAUGACAAUGAGCCUGCUGAGCCUCGGGAGCAUCACCAUGGAGCCCCCCCGCCGGCUGCCAGACCUCUUCCCCGUGCUGGUGUGUCUCGUGUCCUGCUUGCACUUUCUCUUUUUCUUGAUCUACUUUAAUGUUCUAAUUCUAUGGGAUCACAGAAAUGGAAGAAAUCAGAAAAAAGUGAGCUAGCUGCCCCCAAAUGCAGUAGAGCCAGAUAACCUUUUAAAUGUGACCGUUGCUGAACUUGAAUUAACUUGUACUAUCCAAAAGGGAGAAUCAAAACUAGGGACCAUGGGUUGGAGAAACAGGGAGCCACAUCCACCACUGCCUUCAGCCGAGGGACCCGACUCCUCUUGCACUCCCAGGCACAAUCAGCGGGCCGGAAUUUGCACAACUAGUUUCUUACCCUAAUGAAAUCACAAACUUGGGUCCAAGUCCCCCCACAGAGGGACCAGAGUACCACUGAGCUGCGUCUUUCUUAGUUACACCUUGGCCGUGGGAAGGGAGGAUCUCCUAAACGUUGAUCCUGAGAAAGGGGAAGGCGAGCUUCCUGAUGACCGUCAUCAUAUGUGCUCUUGGCUUGCUCGCAUAGGCCCUGGAGUUCGUCAGGAUAACGUGUGACUUUCUUUCCAAGAGGACACUCUUUGAGAUACUGAAAUUCAGAUAAAGACUUGCUUUAGGAGUUGUGGCUGUCCCAAAAGAGCACGUGUGAACUUUUCUACAAAUUUAAUUGGUUUCAUCAAGCUUUUAAAUAAUCUGGGAAAUUCAGAUAUUGGGGGAUUUUUUUACAAGUUAGACAACAGAAAGUUGUUUGAAAUUUGUCAGGUCUUCAGUACAACCUCAUUUGGACAUAGGUGUAAUGGACACACGUUUAUUUUUACAAGGUUGCAAGACUUGUAGAAUGCUUAUUUACUUUAUACAACUAGAAAUUCAUUUUUCCCCAAUUGAAAUCAAAGCUGUACCUUAAUGCAGGCUCCCUUUUUGAAUUCCUCGUCGUUCUUGUCUCUUCUCCUUGGUUUCUCCCCCUUCUGGGAUCAUCCACGGUAUUUCAGGCUCUGGGUCUUUUUCUCAUGUGACCAACAAAGAUUGCCAAGGCUACUCAGUAAUAACUGGGCCUCAGUAUCAUACUUCAUGUUAACAUGACCCCUUAAUAAGGGAGAAUGAGUCUUUACUUGCCAAAGCCUAUUCCUACCAAGGAAUCCCAGUAUGAAUGUCCUAUCAUUUUCCUCUGCCAUAUUUUCCUGUUGGAUUUUGUUUAAAAUAAAAAUUAUAAUAAAGCAAAUCAUGU